AUGGCCAGCCUUCAGUUCCACGGAAACGUCGAUGCGGACAUCAGAUACGAUGGGGCCUUGGAUCCGGCUCGGGACUCCGACCUGUUCCGGCUGCUCACGAGCCUGCAGCUGGCCAUGGGAAUGGUGCCGUCGCCUAGGCUGCCCAAGUGGUGGCCACACUGGCUGAGAUCCGGCGGGAGACUGUUGGCCAGGGCCUACUGCUCGAUGGUAAUAUUCACAUCGCUGCACCUGGGCGUGCUCUUCACCAAAACGACGCUGGACGUCCUUCCGACGGGGGAGCUGCAGGGCAUAACCGACGCCUUGACCAUGACAAUCAUUUAUUUCUUCACCGGCUACGGCACCAUCUACUGGUGCAUUCGGUCGAAGCGUCUGCUGGCGUACAUGGAGCACAUCAAUCGGGAGUACCGGCACCAUUCCCUUGCCGGCGUUACCUUCGUAAGUAGCCAUGCCGCCUUCCGGAAGUCCAGAACCUUCACAACCGUGUGGAUUAUGGCCUGCCUGCUGGGCGUCAUCUCCUGGGGCGUCUCGCCCCUGAUCCUGGGCAUUCGGACGCUACCGCUGCUCUGCUGGUAUCCCUUCGACGCCAUGGCCCCCGUAACCUACACGGCGGUGUAUGCCACCCAGCUCUUUGGCCAGAUUCUGGUGGGCGUCACUUUCGGCUUCGGGGGAUCGCUGUUCGUGACUCUAAGUCUGCUGCUCCUCGGCCAGUUCGAUGUGCUCUACUGCAGCCUGAAGAACCUGGAUGCCCAUGCCAGGCUACUCUCCGGGGACUCUGCGAAGGAUCUAAGUUUGCUCCAAAGGGAGCUAUUGCUGGAGGACUCUACCCGGGAGCUAAACCAAUAUGCCGUACUGACGGAGCACCCAACCGAUUUGCCGAAUCUUUGUGCGGGACGACUCAGUCCCAGUCAGGGUGAUGCAUUCCACGAUGCCUUGGUGGAGUGCGUGCGCCUCCACCGCUUCAUACUCCACUGCUCCAUGGAGCUGGAGGACUUGUUCAGCCCGUACUGUCUGGUCAAGUCCCUGCAGAUCACCUUCCAGCUGUGCCUGCUGGUCUUCGUAGGCGUGUCCGGGACGCGCGAGGUGCUGCGUAUCGUAAACCAGUUGCAAUAUCUGGGACUGACCCUCUUCGAGCUCCUGAUGUUCACCUACUGCGGUGAGCUGCUGAGCCGGCACAGCGUCCGGUCCGGGGACGCCUUCUGGAGGGGCAGUUGGUGGAAGCACGCCCACCACAUCCGCCAGGACAUCCUCAUCUUUCUCGUCAAUAGUCGUCGCGCUGUUUAUGUGACUGCGGGAAAGUUUUAUGUGAUGGACGUGAAUCGUCUGAGAUCGGUGAUUACACAAGCCUUCAGCUUUCUGACUUUGCUGCAAAAACUGGCGGCCAAGAAGACCGACACGGAUCUUUAA